AUGGAAAUUUAUCAAAAAUUCGCUCUGCUCCACAAAGUUAAUGCUGCUUGCAACCUUCCAGUUGGAAACUUCGAAGAGAGGAUGGAUGUUUUGGACUCCAUAGAGAAGUAUUAUGCACCCCACGUUUUUGAAAGCUACUCGCUCAUGAGAAGAUUAUUGGUUCCUGUUAUCAUCGCCGAAUUCGCAAGACCCAAGCUAGACCCGUGGACCGAGAUGCAGAACAUGCUACUACAACGAAAGGUGCUAGGUUGUACCGUCGUCGCCCUGUCAACCAUCGUCGCGGCCGGACUGUUCUGGUGGACCAGAGGAAAUCUCUAA